AUGCACUCCUACCAUCCUCUCUCUCAUCACUAUAUUCUAUAUCAAGUCUUUUGUUUCAAUAACUCCCAACGAGAAUUCUAUAAUUAUGCGUUUGUGAACUCUCAGUGGAAUGUGACGGUCUCGCCUUUUUUGUACAAGGCGCCAAAGCUCAUUGAGAGAAAUGUCGAAAAGUGUCGACAAACUCUUUGUCUUGCAAAGGAAAAAAAAGCCACGUUAGCAUACAACGAAAUGGUAAGGGAAUGGAACAUUAGGGACGCAGAGUUAGCAUACCUUAUAUCGGAUUAUUGUCCUAAUAUCGAAAAAAUUUCGUGUAGUGGUGAAAUUGCUAACGCUCGGGCGUACCCCUCGAUGAUCCACGAUUUAAUUAAAUCCUGGAAGAAUCUAAGGUCCAUAUCUCUAUCCCAUAAAAAUGGGACAGACGAAUCGUUAACACAGGUGUCAAUUCAUUGUACGGAACUGGAGGAAUUGGUGGUUGUGAAUGGUGAAGUGACUGAUCUCGGAAUUUGUGAGGUGGUCAAAAGGUGUAGGAAACUAAAGGAAAUCACAUUGCACUCUUGCAAAGAGAUAACCGACGAAACUUUUGUCUCGAUGUCAAAAUAUUGCAAAUUGUCGAAACUGCAGUUGAAGCAUUGUCCGAGGAUCACUGACAAAGGAAUCCUUGCGCUGGCCAAUCCAACAUUUACGAAAAGGUUACGAUAUUUACAUUUGGAAGACAUUGGAGUCAGAGAUUCCCUUCUGGCGUUAGCCGAACACACAAAUACGCUUGAAGGGUUAUGCUUCAAUCGAUUGAAAGAUGUGGAUGAUGAGGUUGUUUCAGCAUUCGGAAGGAAUGCGUCAUAUUCUUUAAAGCAAUUACGUGUGUACAGCUGUAGAUCGGUUAAAGGUUGGGGAGUGAUGGAAUUUGGUGGGAUCAAAGGGUUGUCAUUGAUGAUGGAUACCUUAGGCUUGGAGCAAUUGAGCGGAAUCUGCGAAUAUUGUAAAGAUCUUGAAGAUCUGACUCUAGAUGUUCGAAGGAUCGUUACAGCCGAUUCCACUAUGGACAUCGUCCGCGAAAUUUCCAAGCUCACAAAGCUUAAAUCAUUAGCGAUUUUCUGCGGCAAAAAAUUUCACAGUUCCAAUGUUUUACAGCUUAAAAAAAAUUGCAAAAAAUUAAAACAGAUUAAUUUCUUUAGGAUUUUGGAUUGA